CACGCGGUGCGGUGUGAUCGAUCCAUCCAUCCCCAACAUGUAUAGUACGCGCAGACAAGAAAGCAAAACAAUGGCGUCUUUCUGCCUCCUCGCUGGCCGUCUCAUAGUUAGCCGCCUGGUGGUGGUGGUGGUGGUGCUUGUUCUCCCGUACGCCCAUGGAGCAGCAGGCACGGUGGCUACGAGUAGUAAAGUCUCGGCCGUCUUCAUGUUCGGCGACUCGAUCGUCGACCCUGGCAACAACAACCACAAGCUCACCGAGGCCAAGGCCAACUUCCCGCCGUACGGGCAGGACUUCCCCGGCGGGAAGGCCACCGGGAGGUUCUCCAACGGGAAGGUCCCUGGAGACAUGCUAGCUUCUAAGUUGGGAAUUAAGGAUCUACUGCCUCCGUAUGUUGGGGAGGAUCUUGAACUUAAUGACCUACUCACUGGAGUCGCCUUUGCCUCUGGAGGUAGUGGAUAUGAUCCCUUAACUUCGAUACCCGCGACUGCUACGUCAAGUACCGGGCAACUUAAAUUAUUCCUUGAAUAUAAGGAGAAACUAAAAGUUUUAGUCGGAGAGGAGGAGAUGGCACGUGUCAUCUCGGAAGGCGUCUACUUCACUGUCAUGGGAGCAAAUGACCUUGCAAAUAAUUAUUUUACAAUUCCUUUGAGGCGUCAUCAGUAUGAUCUUCCUUCCUAUGUGAAGUUUCUUGUAUCUUCCGCGGUCAACUUUACUAUGACAUUGAAUGGGAUGGGUGCAAAGAGGAUUGGAUUUAUUGGGAUUCCACCAAUUGGAUGCUGUCCUUCACAAAGAAAACUUGGGUCAAGAGAAUGUGAGCCACAAAGGAAUCAAGCGGCAGAAUUAUUCAAUUCUGAAAUCUCAAAGGAAAUAGAUCGUCUAAAUGCGGAACUGGGUGUUCAAGGCUCAAAGUUUGUCUACAUCGAUAUAUACUACAAUUUGCUUGAUCUCAUUCAACAACCUAGGCUUUACGGUUUCAAGGAGGUAACUGAGGGAUGUUGUGGCAGCACAGUGCUAAAUGCAGCAAUAUUCAUUCAAUAUCACCCUGCAUGUCCAAAUGCUUAUGAUUAUAUUUUCUGGGACAGCUUUCAUCCUACUGAGAAGGCCUAUAACAUUGUGGUCGAUAAGCUUAUCCAGCAAGAUCUGAAAUAUCUAAUGUGAAGAAACUCACUGUCAUGAAAGAUUGAACAAACAUUACAAGAACUUGUAAUUGAUAUGAUAGUUAGUUCACUCUUACCACUUUAGGAUUAUUAUUUGACCAUGUAUGAAAGUGUAUGUAGCCGGUGAAUAUUUUAGCCUUAAAAAAAGGCUAGCUUUGUGUAAAACAUAUGUCAAACUUGUCCUUAUCAAACGAAAAUGUAUCAUGAUAAAAAGCUUCACUCAACUUGUCGGGGGAUCUUAAAAAUCCAACGAUUUUAGUGUGUU